AUGAUUAUAUUUCUUCUCUCUUUACAACUAUUUUUCAUUUCGUCUUCUGGCACCAGCAUCACAUUUUCUUCAGCUUCAACAGCAUGCUUAGAUGAUUGCUCAAAUCGAACUUUGGCUUUUCCACUCAAACGCGGUGAGGUUAGCUGGGAAGCACCAGAGUAUGAAACUUGUGAUUGGCCAUGUCGCGUAUCAUCGUGCAAUCAGGGCUGUCAGAAUUUAGAUGAUUCAGAUUCAAAAUGUUCUCAACGCUGUAGUCAGGAAACAGUGAAUUUUGAUAGUUGCUUUCAAGGUUGUCAUAACGUAGCAAACAUUCUGCUAUCGGUGCUCCAAGAAAUAUUAAAUGAAGUAACCGUUACCAUCAGCGUUGUUGAUGAAGGAGUUCGAUUGGUUUGGCAAUUUGUUGAUGCUUCAGCCAUGCGAAUACAAGAAUUCGCAGAAUCGAACAUGAUAUGCUAUACGCAAAUUCAUGAGCAGAAAAGGCGAACCGGCUGGAAAUCAUAUGAAAUGCCAUUAUCAGCAAGUUUUUUAACAAACUAUUUGAUUAUAAUUGAAUAA